AUGACCAACAAUCUUCACAGUCCAUGCAACAAUUCAUCUAUGCUUGAUGAUGACGAAAAUGAUUGGCUACAUAGAAAUGGUACUUACAUGCGAGAUUUGAGAUCAAUCGAAGAACUGCACAAUGUGUCUACAUCUUCCGGCUUUCAUGGUGAGGAGAGCUACCUAUCGAAGAGUGCUUAUGAUGAAAGGAAACAUCAGCGUGAUUCUUCAGAAGAGACACGACAGCGGAACAGGGAACGGUACUCAUUAAUGCCAAGUGGACAGAGGGACUCACGAUUGCACAAGAACCGGGGAACAAACAGUGACGAAGACUCUGACCUUGCAGGAAUUUUUGAGCCUACUGAACAAGGUGUUGUUUUCGAAGAUAAUUUGGACACUAAACAAGAGGAAGAAGCAAUGCAUGAGAAUGAUGAUGAUGAUGAAUGCAGGAUUUUUAAUGGUCUAGGCGACGUGUUCGAUUCAUACCGAGUCACAAGUGAUGUUCCUCCGAGAAAACAGAAUGAUGAUCCUUAUGACUAUGUGUACCACAAUCUACCUACCAAGCAUCAUGUUUUGAAGGAUGUAAAAGACUGCGAGCAUUGUGGAGCAAUGAAGCUCCAAUAUGAGGGUCCCGCUUUCUGUUGCAGAAAAGGGAAGGUCAAGAUAGCUAUCCCGGAAGUUCCUCGCGAGUUGCGCCGGUUGUUUACAAGUCAGGUUGAUGAUGAUGCAAAAUAUUUCAGAAAACACAUACGAUAUUUCAACACACACUUCUCCUUCACAAGCCUGGGCGUCACACUUGAUAAGACAGUCAGAAAUGCCGCAAGAACCGGUGUCUACACAUUUGUUGCGCACGGGGCAUUGUAUUAUAAGAUGGACGAUCUGGUGCCUGGUGGUCAAGGACCUAGACAUCUCCAGCUCUACUUCUAUGAUACUGAUGAAAGCUUAGAACAUAGAGUGAAGCGGUCUCCAGAUCUUGACAUCAAUAUCAUACGGAAGAUCCUUAACAUACUAGAAGACAACCCGUAUGUGCAGACCUUUAAGAGCAUUGGAUCUGUUCCCAACCUAGAAGAAUAUAGGAUAUCCCUUAACACGGAUAUAAGACUGGACCAACGAAGGUACAACAAACCCACAGCUUCCCAAGUGGCCGCAAUGUGGGUUGAAGGGAGUGACCUGCAAAACACUUUUGAUAGGCAAGUUGUGGUGUAUGGAAAAGGAGACCGUCCUAUAUUUAUUAGAGCUUACUAUGGUUGCUAUGAUCCUUUGGCGUAUCCAUUAUUCUUCCCGAGAGGGGAGACGGGAUGGAACCGUUGGAUCCCAUAUGAGAAACCACCUUCCGUCGCUCAACAGACCAAAGAGGGUGACACCGAGCGUGAAGACUUACAAUGUCCAGAUCAGAGUUCAAAUGUAGAUGCAGAGCAAAACACUGAUGAGAUCGCAGAGGAUCAGGAUGAUGAUGAAAAUGGAUCGUCUAGAAAAAUUGUUAGCGCAAGGGAGUACUACUGCUUCAAGCUACAAGUCAGGAAAAAACUUUUUAACAUUAUAUUGUUUGGUGGACGCGGGUUUCAGCAAUGGGCUGUCGACAUGUACAUCAAGAUGGAGACUAUGAGACUUGAUUUCUUCUCCAAGCCUAAGAAUCAGAAGCUAAUUCGUGCUGAUCUUUACCAGGGGGUUGUUGAUGUCAUUCAUGCUGGCGAGACGAGUGGUUCCCAGGUUGGCAAGAGAAUCGUGCUACCACCGACUUUUCCAGGAGGAGAUCGAGACAUGCAACGAAGAUUUUUAGAUGCGAUGGCGAUAGUCCAGCGGUUUGGGAAGCCGGAUUACUUCAUCACGAUGACUUGUAAUCCACACUGGGAGGAGAUUACAUCCAGACUUGAACCCGGGCAGACACCACAAAACCGUCCAGACCUUGUGGCUAGAGUAUACAGGGCCAAAUUACGAAGUAUGAAGGAUCUCUUGAUCAAGAAAAAGUACUUUGGUGAGGUUGCUGCAUAUGUCCAUGUUACCGAGUUUCAAAAGAGGGGGCUGCCACAUGAGCACAUGCUUUUGAUCAUGCGAUCAGAUAGCAAGCUAACAAAUCCAGACGGAUACGACAAGGUGAUAUCUGCAGAAAUUCCUGACAAGGAUAAGUACCAUGUUUUGCAUGCUCUGGUGGUCAAACAUAUGCUCCACGGACCAUGUGGUGCUCUCAAGAAAAAUUCUCCUUGCAUGAUAGAUGGUGAAUGUCGAUUUCGCUAUCCUCGGCAGUUUUGUGAUGCUACGCAGCAAGGAAAGGAAUCAUAUCUGUAG